GGCGCGCAGAGGUUUCUCGGUCAUUGUAGGUAGACCGAUCCUUAUCUGGAUUCAAUUCAAAAAAUUUAGAAGCGGGCAAUUCUUAAUAUCGAUGCUUCAUGCUUACAAACCAGUCUUCGAACAGUCUUCGCUAUUUGUUCCUAGCUUGUUUUCUGCGCAUAUUUCUUCUCACUCAUCAAACCGGCUUAGGAGCUCAUACACUCUUUAAUAUCCAUCCCUCAUUCUUUUAGCCGUUUCUUUUACGUAUAGCUCGCCGGUAACAUGUACAGAUCCGCGUUGCGAUCCGCGCCUCGAGCCGCAAAUAGACUGCGACCAACUAUCAUUUCGCCGAAUGCACGACGCUUUGCUUCGACUUCCCCUACAAAUAAUAAACGAAGUUGGAAGAGCUCGGCUAUGAGAUGGGGCCUAGCUGCUGGUAUUGUGUAUUGGUAUAGCACCAGCGCAGUCUUUGCCGAAGAACCACUGCCUAAAACAUUACCGCCGCCGCCCCAGUUCUCAGAUGAGGACCUCCCCACAGUAGAGGCCGUAGUCGCGCAGAAGCGUCGAGAAGCCGAAGCACGACUGCAGAAAGCCGCAUCAGCUCCCGAGCCACCAACAGCUACCCUACCAUCCGAAACAUCUCCUUCUGCACCUGCUAAAGAUGUCGAGACGCAAGAUCAAACGACCUAUCCGGAGGGAAGCCCCGAAGCUUUGGAAGAAGAGGCCGGUCAACAGGGAGCGUUCAACCCGGAGACAGGCGAGAUUAAUUGGGACUGCCCUUGUUUAGGAGGGAUGGCUCAUGGGCCUUGCGGCGAAGAAUUCAAGGCGGCGUUUAGCUGUUUUGUCUACUCUAAAGAGGAGCCGAAAGGGAUGGAUUGUAUUGAUAAAUUCCAACACAUGCAAGACUGCUUUCGACUUCAUCCUGAGGUAUACGGAGAGGAACUAGAUGAGGACGAAGCUCCCGCAGAAGGUACUCCUGAGAUUGCAACGGAGAAAUCCGCCGCCAAGACAUCACAUGGUGAAAACGGUGCGGUAGCGAAAGUAGAAGAGACGAUACCAGCCAAAAAGUCAGCUAAGGCAGAUGCGGAGACCGCAGAGGUGGUAAAGGAGGCUGAGAAGCAGAACGUCCCUCCGGCGCAACCCUAAUAAGUAUACACCUCGAGUGCUUCGGGCAUUUGACGUACUCGAGUAUGGUCUUAUAAAAUAGAUAUCUGGAGCCGUGCAUUUUUGUACAACAUAAUAUUGGUUGCGUUAUCGUAACUGCUGAGUGUAU